AGGACCACCCUCCAAUGCUUUUGUCAUAUGUGUCUCAUUAGCAUUAUUCGCAUCAGUCAAAACUCCCACGUUGUGCCAUUCUGUCACAAGUAGUGUCGCUGGAGUGAGCUAUGAUUUUCAUCAGCAAAUCGGAUUUUUAUCAGCAAAUCGCGUAUUUUCUCCCCGAACUUGCUCCUAAACAUAGAUUUCCCAGCACCCCCACAUGUAUGUGUAUCUUUAGAUAGAAUUCAUCAUAUCGAUAGUACCCACUAACCGCUCGUGUGAUUGUUAUGUCUGUUUUUCCAGUUUGUAGCUGCAACCAACAAAGCAAUAUUUAAACAUCUACUUAAGGGAUCACCCCUUUCCGUGGUAGGCUCCUUAUUUCAAGAGGACUCGGUCAGUUUUGUGUUUUUCAUUUUCUUGUAGGACAAAGAUGCGCUGUCCGCUGCCGAGCGACGAGAAAUGACGCGAUAGCAUAGCGGGUGGGUUGCUUGUUUCGGGUCUACGUAGCAGUGGCAACAAGAUAGAAGGUCAAGCCCGCUCACAUGCCGGUAGUUGAUCGCUGAUCGGCGAGCACUAUGCCGCGAGGACGACCAAAACCAAAAGCAAAAUCGUCACCUUGAUAGAGGUGGGACGAGGUAGCGUGCAUGACGCGAAGGCGGCACCACUCGAGCUGCGAAGCUGGGCAGUGCAACUAGUUUCUUCGUCACAUACAGUAUCAGAGACGAGCCACGACACGACACCCCGAGCACGACUCACGACUUCGAUUUGUGUGCCUCAAGCUAGUGCCGCGUGUUCCUGCUCCUGUUGUAAGUUGCACAUAAUUUUUAAACAAAGAAACGCCUUGGUUUCCGUCGCCGUCGAUGAGUGUAGGCCCAGUGCCCAUUCAAACACUUGGCCGGGAGCACCAGGCUAUUCUACUUGGGGCGGAGCAGCAGUCGGCUGGAAUGUCGAUCAGCGGAAUAGUAGAGGACAAGAAAGUUCCCAAAUCAGCAGGGGCUAACGCGCCGUCGGCCGCGGCAAAUCUGGCGUCGCACUUCGGGAGCCGUAUGAAUAACGGCAAUGCUGCGAUGUUGACCCACGUUGCGGACCAAAGACUCGCCUCGCACAUGAACAACAGUAUCAGUAUGGGUGCUCCUGUAGCUGUAGGCCGGAGCAGUGAUCAAGUUGUGCAUGAUCAAGCCUCCGUUUUACCUGCUGGGCACGAACAAGAGACCAGACCACGACAGAUGAACACCAGUACCGUCGUUGAAGACCACACCUCCCGGGGCGACCUGGGCCGCGCGAUCGACGGGGUGAUCAGUAUUCACUGGGGGGAGCACCUCCCGGCGCCGCACCCAGGCAUUUUUGGCGGUGGAGGGGGUGCGCUUUUUGCAGCUUCAGGGACGAGUUACAAUGUUGCUGGAGGAGGCGGACUCCCGACGCAGCAGCAGCAAGGACAACAGACCGGAACCACGAGUGGAGCAGGAAGAAUGAGCGACGGAAAUGAAGAUGGAGCCAGCAUUUGUACUGCGCUCAGCCAAGCUAGCAAUAGCAAGACUAAUGUAGUCCACCAGAUGAAUUCUGGCAGCUUCGGAGGACCACCUGGGCCUGUUGGGAAUAUAGAAGUACCCGCUGCACAGAGAGUAGCCGUCGUGACUACCGCGGGAGGCAAUACAGCUGCAGUAUCUCCGGGAGACGAUAUGAGCGUGGAAAUCGAAAUAACUGACACAGCCGCAGACCACGCUGCGGGCCGGAAUCCUCAAAUACCAACCUCCGCGUCUAGUACUUCGUCUGCUAUGGUCGUGCCAAAAAUCACAACAAACGAAUUAGGACAGCAGCUGCCGCUGUUUAGCCAAGAAGUGAGCCCGGUGUUGCAUCACAAUGCGAACUUUACAACAUCAACCAAUGCAACAAGCCCGGCGAUGUUGCAGCACACAGCUUCCUUGCAAAUCCACUCCAGUGGCUCCACUCCGCGGCUGCAUACCGACCACAUCAUGAUGACCCCUAUCCAAGAGGAGAACGCGGACGCGCACCAGGAGAAUAUGAUGCUGCUCGAUAUGCUGCGCAAUGGUUGUAUUGUAUCGCAGUGGUAAGUAUGAAAAUUGAAAAAUUGCAAAAAUCUUGGUUACAACCUGAAUGUUGUACUCACAGAAAAAUUCAGAUCGCGUGUUACUUUUUCAUUUUCUGCAUCACGGCGCUUGGAGGAUCUCGUAUACCUGCAGUGCCCUUGGGUACAGCGGCCAGGCUUAGGCCGGUUAUUAGGUAGUCCUGUUCGACACCUGGCGACCACCGGAGGAGAAGGGGUGGCCAGGUGGUUGGUCGGAGGUUAGGACAUGAGCCACGGAUGAGGAGGUAGUGGCACUAGUCCUUGAAUGCUUGCGGCAAGAGGAGGCGCCAAAGGCAAACUCCCACUAGGUGGCCGGUCACUGCUAAAACGGGCGGUGAAACGUCACCCGGUGUGCAGAUGAGAUUCAUCUUGUUUGCAGAUAUUCUUACCUUCAGGAUUGCUCAAUAGUAUGCGAGAGGAUUUUUCCCGCUCACCUUAAGAAGCGCACACGUCAUUCAUUUUCUGCAUCACCAAUGCGAUAUAAUCGCUCUUGUCCUGCAUACUGGAGCAACAGUACCAACAACAGGGUCGCUCUUAUCAAAAGUAAAAAUGUCUGGGUUUGGAAACUUGUGAUGCUGGGUGGCGUCUCAUGAUGACGCUACAAAUGCUGGCUCAGCAUGACAAGUUUCUGAGCUCCUAGGUGUUCUUGCCUAUUCUGCAUGACAAAGUGCGUUUCUGCAUCACAGAAAAGCGGAGCUUUUGGGUAACGUGCAUGACAGAUUUAAGAGUCAUGCCAGACAAGCAUGACAAACAUGAACUCUUCCAGACCCAGACAUUUUUACAGUUGAUAGCUCUCACCUUCAGUUGAAUUUAGGCACCGACCUUUCCCCCUUUCCAGACGCGCCCGACCGGUUUACGCCCCGCACGGCGAGUCGGUUUGGCAACAUACAGGAUGAAGAGACAGACGCGAGAAAUCAACAGCAUGUUGUCCUCGAUCAUCGAGAAGAAGGAUUUUUACCAAUACCACAGAACAACAGCAGCGCACUCUUUUCGUCGAAUGUCAACAUGUCCUCGGGCAAUAAUACUAGUAACUGUGCCCCCGCGACCAGCAACGCAUCCUCCUUAUUUUCGCCGCCGGCCAGGCCAAGUAGGAGUAACGUGCAGAAGGAGAUGGGCCAGGGCGUGCAAGUAGAACUACAUGCUGGCGAAGAUGAAAGUAGUAAACGGAGGGAAGUACUACUAGAUUAUCAUAGCCAACAAGGUCGUGAUAUAAUAACAAGCCCCCUACAUGAGCAUCAACAACUUGAUCGGGAGAUGUUGAUAACCUCCUUCGAUGGUGACAGGACGAUGUCGAUCGAUUCCAUGAACUCUUCAGACGCCAGGCUUUCGCUCGGGAGUCUUGUGAGCAACCAGUCCACCUCCGGUCAGGCACAGCACCCCAACCGACUCCCCAUGCCGGAGAGGAUGCAGCUGAUGAGCGACGACGAGAUACAGCCCCGACGGUCCCGGUCCCACCGCCGCGCGUUUUUAUCCACGGCAAAAGCAUGACGAUCCUACUGGUACUAGCGAUUGAUGUUCUUGCAGCUGUGCUGGAGCAUGUUGACAAAAAUUCUCGCUUCUUCAGGAGAAAAGGAAAGCGUUAUAAGUACAGAGAUCAGUGAUGUGAUGUGAUUACAUUUGCAAUUUCCGCAUGAGGCGCCAGUACUAGUACCAUGAUUUUUUUGCUAUGCAUAGCUUUCGGUGGACGGCAACCCGUGGGCGGAUGAAGCGAUGAACGACGCAAACUACGUAUCCUGAGCAAAAAUGUACCCACCCCAGAGUUGUCAUGCAGAUUUGCAGCUACAGGAAGAUUUGUAAUGCGCAUACACAUGAGAGGCAUUUCCAAUCUCACGUUUUGCGCUUUGCAAUGCUGUCGACAGGAUGAGCAGAUGGAUUUGUGUUGCGGCUGUGCUUGCUAAACUGCACUACAAUACCUAGACGAACUUGUCAUGCUGGACCCCCAAAACUUCUCGAUUUGUGUUGCGAGAUCCUCAUCUUGACUCUGGUGUGGGGACGUUUUUACACAGGAUAUUACGACAAACAGCGGUUCAAGGAAAAGGUCGAAAUCCAAAUGGUGCUCGAAACCACCAUAUCCUGUGCAAAAGCAUCGUACUCGUAUUGCAAUCAUGCAUUACAAAUCUUUUUCUUAAGGUAAAUUCGCAUUACAAAUUUUAUUUCUCAUGCUGAGGAAAUUUGUAAUGCAUUUAUACGAAUACGAUACUUUAACUUUUGCAGUUCAUACACCACCUCUAUGGGCGACGGCGCUGGGCAUAAGGAUAUGAGCAUCAACUACACGUCCGACGUCCAAAACUUUCGAGCUCCUGGUGGUGGUGGCACUGCCCCACCGGUCGUGCAGCACUCCUACAGCCACACCAUGCACACGACCGUUGACGUUGGCGCGACGGCCGCCGGCGCGACAAGUAGUACGACCGGUGGUCCUGGUGGUCCCUCUUCACCUUACAGCGCCAAUAUGUUCGGCCUGAACCAGCUUCAGCAAGACGGGGCGCCACGUAGCGAUGAUAAUUUUCUACUAGUUCUGCUUCUGCAUCAUCUGAUAGCUGCACACGUAUAUAAGAAACAAGCUUUUGAGUCUAUUUUUUUGCGUUUUUGAGGUACUAUUCCUAUGGUUCGAACUAAGGGAAAGACAGCCAUCACCGGUCAUUUUGCAAAACAGGUUUUCUGAGCGUGACGACCGAGGGACUGCGGGUCACGACGCAAUCAAUCGCGUCAUCCCAGGAGCUUCCGCAGCAGGCUGGGAACACUGCAAUGAAUACCGGCGCCUUGCCCGAGAAUAGACACGACGGAGCAGAUGCAACCAAAACGUCCGGUGGAGCACCAACAUCUCCACCAACAGCUUUCUCUCCGUAUCAAGUGAAGCCGUAUCGUGACAGUCGAACUUCAACGCAGCUGCAACAGAGAAAGUUUGCAUGGGACGCCACACGGUACUUGUCAUGGUGCGCUGAAUAGGAAAUGGAAAACCAAUGCAUAAUUUUACUGCCGACCUCGUUCUCCACAUACAGAGCAUGAUGGCAGUAGAAAAAGAAAGUUUACGUAUGAAGAAACUGCAGUACUUGUUUCGGAAUUGUAAGUGCUUAAUGUUAAUACAAGAUGGCGUUGCCGUUGAAGUAAAGACUGUUGCAGUUUUUUGCUGCGAUACCGGUACAACAAAAUCCCUCGUCCAGCUACCCCCGGCCGACAUAGAUUCCAUGCUCGACGGUGCGCUGGCUGAAAAUUUCGAGUACCCAUUGCAUACCUCUGUUCCAGUACCCCCUAUCAACUGGAUGAGCAGCAUACGCAAUGCAAAAGUUUAUCGCAGUAGUAUAGUUUUUGUGAUACGAACGCGAAUCGCCAUGGAGUUGCAAAGAAAUAGACCAGGAUGUUCUUCUUCUUCGGUCAUGCGAAAUUGCAAUUUAUUUCGAUACGGCUACGAUAGUACUUUUGCAGGGGAUAUCACAGCAACAGCAGCGGAGUGGGAGGGGCGCCAUCACCACCUUCCGGGGCCGCGCACCAUCAGCACGGUGGUGAACAACCGCAAAGGCAAAUAAAUGGCUCGACGAACAAUACCGCAAUAAGCAACAAUCAGGCAGGAGGUGUUGCGCAGCAGCAACAGCCAAUGAGCGCGGCAGCAGGAGGCCGCAAUGACUUUCAGAAGCACGACGACCCGGGGGCGACACCUACAGCAGAAAUAAUCAAGGGCAAUAUCAAUAAUGUUCUUGGCCAACACCAUGCUGGCACAAAUAACUGUAACAUCAACACCGCAGCUGCAAUGAUGGCAGAGGAACUUUCUGCUGACAGUAGCUACACCGGACAGCUGGUAGAAGGAGUUCCUGGAGCUGGUACGGUCCCGACUUCGAACGGGACGACAACAGCGAACAAGCCGGGAAAUGAAAAUCUUAGUAAUCAGCAGCAGGAACAACUGCAGUCGCAGUUUCACAAUUACCCGAUGAAUGCCAACCUGCCGCUCUCGUCCCGCGACCGCACGCUCUCGCAGAGCAGCGCGCUUUCGUCGAACUCGGGCGGCCAUUUGGGGCCGGCGCAUAGUAUCUCCUACCCGAACAGCUCGCACAGUGCUGGUGGAGCAGGUGGCGCGUCCUCGUUCUUGAACAUGGGAAGUGCAACCAGCAGCAACUUCUACCCUGGAGGUGGGGGAACAACAACCGCUUCCAUUUCGCAGAACAUGUUCUCGCAGACCAUCCACUCCGCGAACCAGCGAACCACCCGCACGUUCUCGGAGGUGACCGUGGGCUCCCACGCGACCACGAGGAAUACGCGGACCUACUCCGAGAUGACCACCGGGUCGCAGGCGGAGUACAGCAAUCCCGACCAGACGAUUAUCAUCUUUGACUGGGACGAUACCCUGUGUCCCAGCUACUAUGUUAAGUCAUGCGGCCUGCUGGUGAACGACCCCAACGCGGACUUCGACAAGCUCGCGGCCCGGUUCCCCCACCGGGAGAUCGACCCGAAAACGGGGCACGUGAAGGAGAAGUCGGUUGGGGAGGAGAUGCAGGAAAACCUGUAUGAACUGCAAAAGUAUCGUACUAGUAUAAGUUGCAUUACAAAUUGACUUGGCAUUACAAAUUGAAUCUGUAAUGCCGAUUUGCCUUAGCAAAAAUAUUUGUAAUGCAUAAACGCAAUCAGUACGAGUACGAUACUUUUGCACAGGAUAACCUGUACGAGCUGGCCAAGAUCGGCGAGAACUGCAUCCGCACCGCGCUGCGGUUCGGCCGCGUGGUCAUCAUCACCAACGCGGAAACCGGGUGGACCCAGGUGUCCUGCCGAAAGUGGCUCCCCACGUUGCUGCCGCUGCUGUCUUCGAUGACCGUGAUAUCGGCAAGGAGCACUUUUGAGCCGAAAGGUGUGGAAAGCCCCGCGGGGUGGAAAACCCACGCGUUUAAGGAGGUAUAGUACUUUCACUUUUGAGAUUUCAGGGUUAGUUUAGGGCGCCGACAUUCUGCUGUUGAUUUAUACAAGAACUCCUGUGGUUCUAAUUCGCUUCGCGGCGAUAAAAAGACCUCGAUGCAACUGGAACUGCGCAGCUGUCGGUUGUUCUUUAUUUUCUUCUUGAGAAAUAUUGUUGUUCAACAAUUUUUCAAUAAAAGGUAAUCGAGGCGUUCUACUCCCGGUAUCCGAAUCAGCGGUGGAAAAAUGUGCUUGCGCUGGGGGACGGCCGCGCGGAUCGCGAGGCGCUGCACCGGGUCACGGAGGAACGGUUGUCAGAAGGGUGCCGAUAUGCAAUUGUACAAAAGUUGUAUCGUACACUGGGAGUAUAUGUUCAGCAUGAGAAAAUCUAUGUGUCAUCCUGGAUUUAGCUAGAGAAAAUAGAUUUCUCUAUUAAUUCGCAACUAGUAGGUACGACUAUGGGUACGGUACUACUUUUUGCAGUGCAUAGUCGACAGAAAAACGUGAAGUUUAUCGUGAAGCCGAGUCUUGACACGUUGAAGAAGCAGUUAGUUCUGUUCACGGACGUGUUGGAGCACUUUAUCCUAUGUAAAAACGUCCCCACGCCAUAGUUGUAAUGCAACUCUGCAUGCUGAGAAAAAUCAUGUUUCUCAUGCGGAGUCCCAUGAGAAGUAUUUUCUAGUCGUUCUUUGGGAUUUGUGAUGCUCCAAUCAGCAUAAUAGGCUAGAUCUGUGAUGCCGCUGAACAAGCUAAACAGGAUUGCACUACGAGGCCAAACCUGUCAUGCACAACAACCAAAGCUGGCUGAUUUCUCUAGCAGGUUUCCCAUCUUGACUAUGGGGUGGGGACGUUUUUGCUCAGGAUGCACUUGGUCUUUGUCGACGAUCACGUGGAUAUCAGAAUCGAGGAGAAACACCUGCAAUCCUUUUCGCCAUCUUCCUCCGGAGCGGCUGCACCAGGCGGGCAGCAGCACCAAGAUGUAGACCAACACAUGCACCACGACGGUGGCGGCGGUGGAGCACAUCAGCAGCAGCAACACGACCAGCAGCCUAAUAUGCCUAGUACAACCUGCAAUUAUGCUGGCCACCAAGAAGUUCUUCACGACCAGCAUAUGAUGGAUCAAGAGGAGAAGGGCCCGGAUGGCGUGUUACCCGAUGAGAUGAAGGGGCCGGACGGCGUGUUACCGGAUGACAUGAAGGAUAUUUUACUUUUGUAAAAUAUUAUAAACAGCGAUCGAGGAAGAUGCCGAUGCGAACGGUAAAGUUCGAAUAUGCAAGAUCGAUGACUAGAAUCCUGAAGUUCAUCGAAGCUGUUGUUCGUGCAGCUCUGUGCAACACCAGCAGGCCAGCGGACCAACAUCAUUCAAGCCGCUUCCUUGACCUUCUGGUAGUGCCGAUUUCAGAUGCAUGGAACUACGGUCGUCGUCGCAGUGGUCGCUUCUACUGCAAGUAGUUAUAUUUCCUAGCAUGAUGAAAAAACAAAAAGAAAAAAAAAAACUGGCGGUGCUCAAAGUUUUUGGGUAACAUCAUGGAGGACGUACUUCGUAAGACUCUGGCUUCGUAUCUAUUUGUUGAAAGAAAGGAUAUCUGGAAACUGAAGCGGCGCCGUUCAUCUCGGCGUAAAAGAAUGAAAAGGAAGUAGCUCCUUCUUGCUACGACUGCUCCCAGAACUUAUUGAAAAUAAGUGGGAUAAGCAAAAGCAUAAAAGUAAAAAACGAAUAGUAAGGUCGUGAACAAAAGUAAAAGAACAACGAAUUAUAGCAUUAGCGCCUCUCGUCGAUGAUACAUCUGAGUACUUAGCCGGUCUUAAAAAAAGCCGCCCACACCUAGCGACAAUCCGCGUCCACAGCAUUCCGCUUCGGACGAUACGUACGAUAAGAUACAAGACCAAAGAUUAGUUAUCGGCGCCUCUGUUGUGUUGGUAUUGCAGUGGCAGUGCCCCCCGCCCGGCAGCUCGCAGCUGCAACAAGGCCACCCCAGAACGCCUUGUCCCUUGGACACAGAGACGAGCUAGAAGGUGCUCUUGCACUUCGUGCGAAGAUUAUUUGGUUUUUCCCAGAAUACACAAAACCCCAACAAUGGCAAAGCCAAAGUCUAAUUUGCAUUUCCCAAUCAGAUUGUGUCGUGAAGAUCAUCUGCGCGUCAUCAAUUUCUAUUUGCUUCUCGCGUUGAGCAGCGUUUAGAAGAACUGAUUGGCAUAUAUUUCAGUAAAACUAAAACUAACGAAAUAAACGAUAAGUAAGCGAAGUGAAAAGAUAAUGAAAGAUGUGCGAACAAGAUGAAGAUAACAAGCAAUCUUGGAGUAGAUGAUCCUGCAGUUCUGGUUCUAAUAAAAAUAGUGCGCUGACCCGCCCAGUUGGCAAGCCUCUUCUCGUCUGUAAUUAUUUGGCGUGAUUUAAUAUCAGAC